AUGUCUGUAGUUAGUAUACUUUCAUCUAUUCAAUUCUAUCUUACAAAUGCACUGGGGGCACUUCUGAUUGUCGGAGUGAUUGGAAACAUCCUGAAUUGUUUGGUAUUUCUUCGCAAACGAUUACGAUCCAACCCAUGUUCAGUCCUGUUCGCUGCAGCUUCAGUUGCCAAUGCGGUGGUCAUGAUUUACUUCAUCGUUCCCACCAUUCAUUCGUUAUACAAUUCGCCACCAGAAAAUGCCAACUGGAUCUAUUGCAAACUUCGUUUAUAUAUUCGUAAUGCUCUAUUAGUCAUCUCUCGGUCUUAUCUGUCAUUGGCUUGUGUAGCAUGCUACGCUCAAUCAUCCCGUAAUGCUCGAAUACGAGAACUUUUCCGACCAAAGAUCGUUUUUCGACUUAUCAUUCUUGUUCCAAUCAUUUGGUUUAUUAUUCCUCUACACAUUCCAUUGUUAACAACAAUUCAAAAUGGAAAAUGCUUAAUGUGGGCAGGCGCAGCAGCUCUCUAUCACUCGAUUUACAUUUGCUUUGUUGCUGCCAUUCUGCCCACAGGUACAAUGAUAGUAUUCAGUCUGUUAGCAUUCAGAAAUCUACAACAAAUGAAACGAAAUGUUCAACCCGCUGAUGAUUUACCGGCACAUAAUACUGAAAAAUUACGCCUUCAACAACGUGAUCGACAACUGAGCAAGAUGUUAUUCGUACAAAUUAUCGUUUAUAUGAUCUUUACCUUCUCAUAUCCAUUGAAUACACUCUACAAUGCUGUUGUUUUAAUUAUUGGUGGAACUAAAUCAACUGAACGAACGACCAUUGAAAACUUUGUACUAUUUCUGACAUCCAGUUUUCUUCUGAAUUUCUACAGUGCUGCGUCAUUUUUCGUCUUUUCAACAUCCACGGCAUUUCGAAAAGAACUAAGACAAGUCUUUGCUUUCAUCGUACCAAUAACAAACACAAACACAAAGCGUGGACAUACAACUUACAAAUUGCUUAUCAGUCCGAAUAAUACCAAGGCUUAA